GACUCAGCGCGCGCAACCGGCAUGGGGAUUGUCACAAAGACACUCCAAGAUCCUUCUGCCCCCGGGGAUAGAGGUUUGAGUAUUGUUGGUGUUGAUAGGAUCAUCAAGCUCAACAAGGCCAGCCGAAAGAAGGACUUGCUGAUCGAGCUGGCGACCCAGGAUCACGACGAUCGCCCAGCUUCAGACCAAGGUCCUGAAUCACCUUCACCCAGACGCGAUCACAUCGGUUUCGGCCGCCACGCCGACCUCACCUACAGUCAGCUGUUCAACGACACGCCCAACUAUGCCAAUUGGGCAGCGCAGACACACCAGGAGAAUGUGGACGCGCAGACGCGCAUCCCAAACUUCAUCGCGCGCGGCUACCGCAAGUCCAAGGACAAGUCGGCCAACAGUGGGACAGCCACCAGUUCCCACAACGAGGCGCACAUGAUCCAGAUGAUGGAGAAUCAGACCGCCGUGAUUCAGAGCCUGUCCGAGAACAUGCUCAAGAUGCAGCAGGAGCUCGAUCGCUUGAAGAAGGAGCGCCCCCGCAAGAAGGACAAGUGA